CUGGAGGAGCAGCCCCGUGCGUCAGUGGAGACGCAAGCCAUUGCAACGACCAGCUCGGGCCCUAGGUGCGCCCUCGAGCUGCCAAACACGACACCAUCGGCAUCGGCAUCGGCAUCGGUGUUCGGGAUGCCUACACCGCCGCGUGCGCCUGUGCCCUCGCGAGUGGGGACGCCGCCGCUGACUCCGCACACUGGCAACGUGGGAUCAACGCAGUCUGAAGACGUGGUGACGAACGCCGUAGAGCGUCUUUUGACCGCUAUCGGCAGUACUCAGGUCAGAUCUAACCGAUAUUUUGUCUCUGAUUUUGAUCCUAAUGUUCAUGACUUCGACACGUGGUGUGAUGAGGUAGAAAGAGCCCGUAUUUCGAACCAUUGGGACGACAGAGAAUGCUUUGCUCGUAUUGGACAUUGUUUUAAAGGAGAAUCUCGCACCUGGCUUAGCCAAUGGACGAGCAGUAUUCGCACGUGGUCCAAUUUCAAAUCAGAACUAAAAGCGCUAUGCCCACGUUCUGUCGAUGUCGCGAACAUGCUUUAUGAUGUAAUGAGGACAGGGUCAGAUAAAUACUCCACAUAUGCUGAGUAUGCUCGUAAAUCACUUUUAAGGUUACGCAUAGUUAAAGGUCUCAGUAGCGAGCUGCUUACGGCUAUUAUCAUUCGUGGAAUUGCAGAUCCACAAAUUCGUGCUAUGGCUGCUAACGCCAAAUUAUCACCUGACUCUAUAGUGGAGUUUUUAUCGAGCUUUGUUAAACCUUCUAACAGCCAUAAUAGGAAAGUGUAUUCUAAUGGUCUCAAUCGAUUUGACCGACCCUCUAAUAAUAGUAACUCGAACCGCAAACCGAUAAAACGUCGAUAUGAUUCCGAAGACUUAAAAUCAAUUAGGUGUUACGAAUGUAAUCAAUUUGGUCAUAGGAGUUUUAAUUGUAACAAACGGUCGAAUACACUCCCGAGUUAUAGUAACGAAAAAACAAUCGCGUUACCGACGAUAUCUCGUAGCGAUCCGUUAAAGUGUGGGUUUUGCAAAAAGGUAAGUCAUUCCGAGGUAACUUGUUUUGCUAAGGAACGCGCAAAUUCUCGGAAUAAUAAUGGUGUCAAUUUUUGUCGCGAAAUCACGGACAGUUAUAAAAAUCGCGACGUCACGACUGCGGUCAUAUCGGGAAUACCAUUAGACGUACUAAUCGAUAGUGGUUCAUGUGUUUCCUUAAUGUCAAAAAAUGUUGUUAAGCAUUUUCCGUGUCAAGUAAAGCCUACGAAUCAGUUGCUACGCGGCUUGGGUGGUAUGGAAAUAAGGUCGGAAUCAUUUGUAACAUUACCCGUCGAGUUUAGCGAUAUAACGAUAGAAAUUGAUUUUUAUGUGGUGGGUGGGAAUAAUUUGAGUGUGCCAGUCAUUAUCGGUACAGACGUACUAAACAGGAAAGGUAUUACAUAUGUUAGGACCGGUGAUAGCCAACGUAUAAUUCAUAGUGAGGCGACUGUAAACGAUAUUCUGCAAGUAAAUUUGAUUUCUUUGUCCGAUCAAGUUAAUACGUCGGUAUUUGGAAAUAAUAGAGAACGAUUACUAGAGAUCCUCACCAAGUAUUCCGAUUUCUUUUUAAGUGGUACCGCGACCACAACGGUGAAAGAUAGUGAGAUGCAUAUCAAAUUAACAACCGAUGUGCCCGUGUACUAUAGACCCUACAAAUUAUCGCAUGGCGAAAAAUUAAAAGUACGCACUAUAGUGAAGGAUCUGCUCGAUAAAGGAAUUAUUCGCGAGUCCGAUUCAGAAUACGCUAGUCCGAUCUUGCUCGUAAAAAAGAAGGAUGGUUCUGAUAGAAUGGUCGUUGACUAUCGUGCAUUGAAUCGAAUAACCGUUAAAACUAGAUAUCCUCUCCCCUUGAUCAACGACUAUAUAGACAGGCUAGGCAAUGGUCGCUGGUUUAGCUCUCUGGAUAUGGUUUCCGGUUUCCAUCAACUUAGAGUUGCAGAAGAGUCGAUUCAUAAGACCGCAUUCGUUACACCAGAGGCGCAGUAUGAAUAUUGCAAGGUACCCUACGGUUUGGCGAACGCGCCUAUAUUUUAUCAGAAGACUAUCUCUAAAACGCUUAAAUCUUUUAUCGAUGCCGGAAAAGUCAUGGUCUACAUAGAUGACGUAUUAAUAAUGACGGUCGGGAUUGACGAACACCUCGUUUUAUUAGAUUCGGUUAUGAAAACGCUAACUGAAACAGGUUUUUCAAUUAAUUUAAAGAAAUGUACUUUUGUUACUAACGAAAUAGAAUACUUGGGUAGGAUUAUAAGAGAUGGUCAGGUUAGACCGAGCAAUUAUAAAAUUGAUGCGUUAGUUAAAUCACCACGACCGAGUAAUAUCAAACAGGUUCGCCAAUUUCUUGGCCUCGCAGGAUACUUCCGAAGAUACAUUCCUAAUUACGCACUAAAGACUGCGCAAAUCGCCGCUUUAACUAGAAAAGGAGUAAUCUUUAAUUGGAGCGAUGAACACGAAAUUGCACGUCAAAAUAUCAUUUCUUAUUUAACUAAUGAACCAAUUUUGGCAAUAUUCGACCCCGAAUUGACAACUGAGUUGCAUACGGAUGCCAGUUCUAUUGGUUACGGUGGAAUCCUCAUGCAAGUACACAAGGACGACCGCAGGCGGGUAGUUGAUUAUUUUAGCAAGUUGACUGCUAGUGCGGAAUCCAAGUAUCACAGCUAUGAGCUGGAGACCCUCGCGGUAGUGAAAUCGUUACAACAUUUUAGGCAAUAUUUAAUUGGCAAAUCAUUUGAGAUAGUCACAGACUGUAAUGCAUUAAAAAUGACACAACGUAAGAAGGAUCUCCAACCCAGAGUUGCAAGAUGGUGGAUAUACAUGCAGGACUUCGACUUCUCAUUAGAAUACCGUAAAGGCACGCUUAUGUCGCACGUAGACUACUUAAGUAGGAACCCGGUUAAUAUGAUUAGCAUUGUUCAAAAACCACGAAAUUGGGCCCAAGUGGCACAGGCAGGUGACGAGGAGACAUUAACGUUACUUGAAAAAUUAAAUAACGGUAAAUUAGACAACACGCGUUACGUGAAAUGUAAUGAACUCUUGUACUAUAAGUAUGACGUCACGGGUGAGCAAGCGCGAUUCUUAUGCUAUGUACCAAAGGCGUUUCGGUUAAGUUUACUACGCGUUUUCCACGACGAGCAUGAACACAUCGGUAUAGACAAAACUACUGAUCUGAUCCUGGGACACUUCUGGUUCCCCGGUCUUAGACAGUUUGUCGCGAAAUACGUCACGCACUGCGUAGUGUGCAUCGCGCAUAAGCAAGUUCCUCGCGCACCCUUGCAACCAAUAUCUUCUUGGGAAAAGGCUCCGGUACCAUUCGAAACAAUACACGUGGAUGUACUCGGACCACUGAGGGAAAGUGAUGGCCAUAAACAUGUGCUUAUCAUAAUUGACGCGUAUACUAAGUACUGUUUGCUCUAUGCCUUACCAAGGCAAGACUGUAGCGAGUUAAAGCGCGUAAUGACCCAAAUCAUUUCUCUGUUCGGUACUUUUAAAAGACUAGUGUGUGAUAGAAGUCGUAUGUUCGAUAACCAUGAGUUUAUUAAUUGGAUUUCUAAUUAUGGAGUUGAAGUGCAUUUCAUUACUCCCGAAAUGCAUCAAGAAAAUGGACAAGUGGAACGCUAUUGCCGUACAGUGUUAAACAUGAUUAGAGUUGAAGUAAAUUAUAAUGAAAAUGAUUGGUCGAAGAUAUUAUGGAAACUGCAAUUAGUUUUAAACGUCACUAAACAUAGGACAACUCAAUAUUCAGCACUAAAUCUUCUUAUUGGCACUAAUUCCACUACACCUCUAAUAAACGCCUUAAUCAAAGAUAUAACUUGUGAAGGUUCAAAUCCAAAUCGUGGUGCAAUUCGUGAGAUUAGACGGCAACGUGCAGAAGGACUUAUUCGCGAAAACAAAGAGAAACAAGACUCUUAUGUUAACAAAAAUAGGAAAUCGCCUAAAAAGUUUGAAGUUAAUGAUUUGGUCUAUGUGAUUAAGAGCUCUCAAAGCACCGGAAAACUUGAUAGCGGUAUGAGAGGCCCUUAUAAAGUAACUAAGCUUCUUCUUAACGAUAGAUAUGAGGUUCAAUUGUUAGCCGGCGCUUACGGAAAGACUAGUCAGGCAGCUGCAGCAUACAUGGUGUUAUGGAUGGGUGAAUGGACACCCGAAACAUGUGCUGCAUUUUUUGAAGAGAUCGACGAUGGUGACGUCGAACAACCGCGGGACGCGGUGAGUGUUGCUGAGCCAUCCACGAGUUCCUGCUGA